UCAAAUUUCACUCCAAGCAGACCGCGUUCCUCCUCUAAUCACAGGGCUUUGACUUCAUCCAGCUUUCAGACGCUCGCGUGGAGCAGCGCGUUCCCCGGGGAGGCGGUGAAGAAAAUCACCUUAUGGUGAUGUUACCUGUAUCCGUUAGCUUACUUUUUAAAAACAGCAAAUUGUAUUUAGUUGACUAUGGAAAGUUUUUUUUUUUCCAAACUAAAGUUGUUGGCUGACGCGCGCUCCUGCAACUUCAGGACCACCGGCUGUCCGGUGCUGUGUGAGGAUCUAUGUGUGCGCGAUAAAUGACUUAUUUAAAGAGGCUGAAGUGGAAUGCACUCGACCAGGGAUAUGAACCAUGGGUUUCUUCCAAGAACGGAAGUGGGAGAAGCAGUGGAAAGUAUCUGACAAUUGUCCGACCUGUCACAAGGAUCCUAGCAUUUGCUUGCCAUUCCUCAGCUUGGUAUUCAUGCCUAAGGCCUGGCGAGUGUUAUCGAAACUCUGCUGUGGACAAAGAUGGCUGCUCCUCCUCUCCCUGCUCUUUCUCCUCUUCCUCACAAUCUCUGUGAUGACAAUUACUCUCCCCCUCCCGUUACCGCCCUCUGACAUUGACCGACGUUCAUCCCGGGUGCUGAGCUCAGCCAGGGGGUUCAGAUCCAUGCCCAGGGUGGUGGAGCCCCCUCCAGCUACUGCCUUCCAGCAGCCACUCACUCUGAUCCUCCCAAACAUCCACAGUGGAGCCUGGAAAACCAGCAAUAGAAAAGAGACAUUUAAACAUUCAGCGUCACCUAAACCUUUUGGGGACGCUGCUGUCGAUGGCAAAAACAGCAUCAAAGAGAGAGGUCACAUAGACUUGCCAAAAAAUAAACACAAAAACAAAGGCAUUGUUUCCAAAAGAAAAGACAUGACAGGCGCCAUCCAGCAUCCAACCGGUUAUCACCAUCCUCUCCUCUCAGACUUUACAGUCAACACAGGGCCAAGGCAUAGAAUUAUGCCAAGCAACCACAGUGCUGUGGUAAAGCACGCUGCAGAGACAUACAUUCAUCUUGAAAGGAGCAAAUCCACAGCAGCACAUAUCCCUUCCCUAGCAGAUAGACUAGUAAUUGAUAGAAGAGCUGCAGACAGACAGACAGGCAGAUGGAAGGAUAGACACACAAAUAGAAAUGCAGACACACAAAUACAUGGCAGCCAUACAAGUGCAAAGCUAACUGAACAUCACCAGGCUUUAGAAAAACACAGACAGGCAACAAAGCACCCUGGGAAAUCUGACAAAGUCAGUAAGGAGCAGCAGGCUGUGAAAAAGCCCUCCAGGGAUCUCAAAAAACACCAUAAUCUCUCAAAGGAUCCCUCUGAAGCGAAGAAGAAUCCCGGGUUGUUGGACCGUAGAAUGGCUUUGUCCAAACCAGAGGCAGAUGUAAAGAAAGAUGACAGCAGCUGGUGUCGGAGCUUUACAGAGCAGGACUUCCCAGACAGUGACCACAGGAGGAUCAGGAUUAGUCCAGAUCUCCAGCGUCUCCCCUGGCUCAGCAAGGAUGACAUCCAGAAGAUGGAGCUUCUUGCUGGGGGUGAGGUGGUUAGUAAGGCCAGGGUGCCUGCACAUGGACAGGUGCUCCAAGUGGCCCUGGACCCACCUACACACCAGCAGCAGACAUCAGCGAUGAAUUCACUUCAGCAUGGGCCUGUGCAUGGACUUUCAGCAACCCACAGUGAGCGCUGCCACCAGGGGCAAUGCUCCCUGAUCAAACGCACUGAUGACUGGUUUGAGGUGUUUGCCUUCCACCUCGACAGGGUGCUGGGACUCAACAGAAGUCUCCCUGCGGUACUAAGGACUUUCCACAGUGAGAUUCUACCUUAUCGGUACACCAGUGGCACCCCCAGACCUGUAGUGUGGUGGGACCCAGAUAUUCAGCACUUAGCGGAUAGCGACAAUGACCAGAACUCAGUACCACUUGGCUGGGUACAGUACCAGAAGCUGCUGCAGCUCCACUGUGGGAAUGAAGCAGAUCUGAAGUCAGCACCCUGUGUGGGAGUCCACCACUCAGAAUGGGGGAGACUGGCUCUCUUUGACUUCUUAUUACAGGUAAACGACCGGCUGGACAGGUACUGCUGUGGUUUCACACCUGAUCCAGAAGAACCUUGUGUGGAAAACCUGCUACAUGUCAAGUGUGACAACCCGAAGAAUCUGCUGCUGGUUCACAUCCUGGUGAGGAAGGCAGAUCCCUCCAGACUGGUGUUCAUAGACAACGCCGGCAGACCACAGCAGUCCGCCGACAACCUCAACUUCAGGCUGGUGGAGGGCAUUGAUGAAUUUCCAGAGAAAGCAGUGUCGGUUCUCCAGUCAGGCUGUCUGGAGAGUCUUCUUCUACGCUCCUUGUACUCAGACAGGGAAUUCUGGGACAGCCAAGGCGGGGGCAGCGGUCUCAGGCCUCUCAUUCGCACUGUGGAGCAGAGAGGGAAGAUUCUCCUGCAGCACAUCAGAGACAAGAAGCUCCGGCUCAAGCGAGACCUGUGACUCAAUUUACCAGACCGACCGGAGUGAAACCUUAACACAUCCUCCAAGAUGAUAAGCUGAUGUCAAGAUGAAAUUUGCUCUGUGGGAUGAAAGAGAGAUAAUGAUGCAGUAAAAGAGGCUCUGAGUGAACAUAAACCUGAGGAUUCAGCUACUUCAGGAGGACAGCAGACGAGCUUGGAUGUUAAAGAACUGUGUAUAUUUACAGUGGCCACCUCAGAGCACAUGGGCUAGUCGUUUACAGAGUUUCAAACCCAACAGUGGUGAGAUUAUGUCUUAAAGUACAACCGCAAUCACAAAAGUCAUCCCAGACAAAAGUGAUUCUAAAAGUAUUGUUAAUAUUAUUUUUAUCACUGACGGGAAGGAAAAAGGAUCUUUGGAUGAAUCAGAAAUGCUCCUUUAAUCCCCAGGCCUCUGUGUGGGCGGGCCUGUGUGUGUGCUUGAUUGGCAGAUAAGCAAGCAAGGGGAACACACUAUGUCGACAAAUGUCUGCUGAUAAUUGUAGCUUUCAAGCCGAAGAAAGACGGUGGUAUUGAAGAAUAAGGACCACACCAUUUAGCAUCUAAACUGACUGAUGUUUACACUUGAGGGUCAGUAAGUGCCAUAGCUGACUAGCUUGCAGUCUGCAGUUAGGAAUGCCCUUUACACCGGGGGAUCUGUUUGUUUUUGAUGUUUUUGCAAACAUUGAUUAGCCCUUGUUGUGUGGCAAUGCAGUGCAGUCAGGCUUUUCUCUGUUAGCUUAGAACAGUGAUAUUUACUGCUUUAUGCAAAUAUGUUUGAAAUGAAAUUUCAUUUGAUUUUUUGCAAAAAAAGAAAAAAGUUCCUUUUUUGACCCACAGAUCCACAGCACUCUGAUGGAUUAAUGCACACACAAGACACGCUGUCAUGAAACAGAUGUUUUGUUUUUCAAAAGACAGCACAGGAGAUGUACACUUUAUAAUAAGGUUUAUUAGUUGUAACUUAUGGCUUUAUUAAUGGUUAAUAAGUCAUUUACUAAUACUUUGUCCAUCAGGCCCAAGCUAAGGACAAUUGAAUAAUAAAGUCAGCAGUUGUAAAUGUUUCCUCAUUGUCUCAUAAGCCAUCAACAAAAGUUAGUCAUCUGCAUUUAUUAUAAUAGUUCUAGUUUUUUUUUAAAGAAUACAAAGCCUGACCUGCUGUUGGAGGAUAAACACCAACUACAACCUGGCAACCUAUUUAAUGGCCUAUAACUGGACUAAAUUAUUUAUCAACCAUUAAAAAAUCGAAUCUACCAACAUGUCAUUUACAAAGGAGAGCUGCAUUCUGUGUAGCAGAAAAUAAACAUCACUACAGAUUACAGUAAAGACAUAUGAACAUUACCACCAAAGUGGUGUCUUGAGGUGAAGUGUAUCUCAUUAAGCCCGUUAUCAUUGAUGCUGCACACAGAGGACGAGAUGGUUCUGCUUUAGAAACAGCAUCAAAUAUAAACCUCAAGGUAACAAGUGUGGCAGUGUGUUCGCCCUGUUGGCAUAAAACAAAAUACAUGCAAGCUUUCAUAUCCAAAAUGUCUAACUCGCACUAAUCAUUUGAUCAUCUGCUCCAAAUGUAAUACCCCUGUAGCUCUGUCAGUUGAUAAGUAUGCUUGUCACUCCAAAUAUAUUCAUGUUCUUCCAUCUGCACUCUCCAACAUCUCACCAAAUGUCCCCUCACAGAAGGGAAAUGUGAGACAAAUUAUUUCCCCGCUCCUCCACAACAGCCAAGUGCAGAUUUUUCAAGCAAUAUAGGGGAAAAGAAGCACAGUCUAUCUUUUUCUAUUUCAACAUUUUACUAAGAGAGCUUGCAGCAGAUUGAGUGAUUGAUUUGAAUGUCUGUUUUUAUGAGAUAAGCUGUUCUGCUUUUAAUCGAGGGAUUAAAAAUGACUGUCAGCAAAUAGCUUCUGGACUGGGUCCUGGAAGCAUUUCAGUAAAAAUGGACCAAAUAUAUAAAUAUAUGUUGUUGUUUAUUUUUUUAUUCUUCUUUAAAGGCACUUCUUUAAAAUGCCUGUCCUUGCACAUUGUUGAAAUGCAGCAGUGUACAGAAGCAGAAGAUGAAAGAAAAGGGAUGAAAACUGGAUGAAAAUCAAGUGUCAUUAGGGAAGGAAUAGAGCUGAGGCUUUCUCUGUCGGAGCGACACAUUUCUAAAGCCGAACUGUCACAAACAUUCUUUUGGUAUUUGGGUCUUGUGAAAAGCACAGAUGAUAUCACUUGAAGCUGUUUUAUGCCUUACCCACUCCGAAUUAAAAUUCCAGUCGUAUUGGUAGUUCAUGGAUAAAUUACAUUUUCUAUGGCUCCCUCUUUCAUCACUGAAUAAAUGGC